AUGUCAAAACCUGAUCAAUUCAAACCCAACAUCAUCUCCAAUCCAGAUGGAACCUACACGCGCCUCUUAAAAUUUCCAAGCACCGAGGCCGACUCUACCUCAGCCACUAACCAUGUACUCUCCAAAGACAUCCCUGUAAACCCUGAAACCCAAACCAUGGUCCGACUCUUCCUCCCUCGGAAUGUCCUUGGCUCCAAAACCAAACUCCCUCUCAUAUUUUACUACCACGGUGGUGCGUUUCUCUAUUUCAGCGCAACUACAACUGUUUUCCAUGAGUUUUGUUCCAACAUGGCUUUGGAACUCCAAGCUAUUGUUGUCUCCUUGGACUACCGUCUUGCCCCUGAACACCGCCUCCCGGCAGCCUACGAGGAUGCCAUAGAUGCGUUGCACUGGAUCAAGACCACAGAGGAAGAGUGGGUAAGAGAAUUUGCUGAUUUCUCAAGCUGUUUUUUAAUGGGUACUAGUUCUGGUGGAAACCUAGCUUACCAUGCUGGGCUUCUUGCUUGUGAAGUUAGAGAUCACCUUGGGCCUUUGGAAAUCAAAGGACUGAUAUUGCACCAUCCCUUUUUUGGUGGAUCCGAAAGGACUGAGUCGGAACUGAGGAUGGAGCAUGAUCGAAUUUUGCCACUACGGGCAAGCGAUGGAGCGUGGAAAUUGGCGUUGCCUAUUGGUGCUGACCGUGAUCAUGAGUAUUGCAAUCCAACAGUGGGCGAUAGAGAUGGUAUUUGGGCUGCGAUUCGGGCCAUGGAUUGUAGGGUCUUGGUUCUGGGUUGUUAUGGAGAUCCGAUGAUUGAGCGACAGAUGGGGUUGGCGAAAAUGGUAGAGGAGAAGGGUGUACGAACGGUGACUCAUUUUGGCGAUGGUUGUCAUGGUUUGGAAAUAACGGACGGGUCCAAAGCUCCGGGUUUAUUUGUCGAAUUGAAAAAUUUCAUAUACUAACUGUCAAAAUUUUACCAUGCACGUUUGUAUGUCAUAUAAAAAAACUGAAAGAA